UGCGCCUUCGCAGGGGGCGCGGUGCCGCGGCCCCGGGAGUGUCCGCUUGCGACGGGUCGAGGCAGUGACCGCGCUGAGGGGACGGAGGUGCGUGAGGAGCACCCCCGGUCCCACCGCCCGGCAGCGCUGCGGUUGUGAGGGAGCGGUGUCCCAACCGAGGGGUUGGUCCGACCCCGGGGGUGCAGCGCUGAGCCGGCUUCGUCAGUUGAACGGUUCUGUCUGGGAUAGGGCCGCGUGCCGAGAGAAGGAGUGGGAUAGCUGCCCUUCAGAAGUUUAUUAGGAUAGACUCAAGUACUUGAUCGUUCCAUCAUAACCUCCUCUUUCUGCUCGGCCUAGUGGGACUGGUUAAGGCCAGGAGAUGUCGACCCCCCCUCUGGCUGGGGCGGGGAUGCCGCCGGGCGCUUUCUCGGGGACUCAGUCUCAGGCGGCCAGGGAGGUGAACACGGCUUCCCUCUGCCGCAUCGGCCAGGAGACCGUGCAGGACAUUGUGUUCCGAACCAUGGAGAUCUUCCAGUUACUGAGGAACAUGCAGUUACCAAAUGGUGUUACUUAUCAUACUGCAACAUAUCAAGACAGAUUGGGAAAGCUGCAGGAACAUCUCCGUCAGUUAUCAAUACUCUUCAGAAAACUGAGAUUAGUCUAUGACAAAUGCAAUGAAAACUGUGCUGGGCUCGAUCCUGUUCCCAUAGAACAACUUAUUCCGUAUGUUGAAGAAGAUGGCUCUAAGCAUGAUGAUCGUGGUGCUGCAAGUCAGCUUCGUUUUGCUAGUGAAGAGAGAAGGGAAAUUAUGGAAGUAAAUAAGAAGCUGAAACAGAAGAAUCAGCAGCUGAAGCAGAUCAUGGAUCAGUUACGGAAUCUUAUUUGGGACAUAAAUGCCAUGUUGGCAAUGAGGAAUUGAACAAGGAAAAUCAAACUUUGUAUUUGAAGAAGAUACAAAUCUCAUUGGAUAUGCUUAACUUCCUUGUAAGAAGAAACAUAUUUUCCUACAAUCAUAUUGCAGUAAUGUUUGAAAAGUCUUCACGAUUAAAAUGUUGGUUUUUUUCUAA